AUGCUGCCUAUUCCGAUUGGAGAAUCGCUACCGGGUUCUCAUUCAGGUCCCUUGGUUUCCUUGCCUUUCCACUUGCAUCCACCCCACCGUUAUAAUCAAUCGGGAGAUCUAGCCUCUUUACCUAGGCCACCAGGAAAAGACCAUGAUCUCCCAUCGAAUAUGAUUCAACUAUCUGUUUCUUCGCGCUUGCCUUUUAGUAACGUUCCUCCUCUUGUCUCUUCGCAGAGUCAAAUUGCACAUUUCUCUCUUUCUGACUCGCCCCAAUCACAAAACCACCACGUAUCUCAUCACCAACAGUCCAAACAGUCUCUACCACUGCAACAGAAGCAGAUCUCGCUCCCCCACGAUCAAAUAUCUCAUCAAUUUAGGUGUUUCGGCAGUGCCGAUGAGCCAUCCUGUUCAUUUGUUGGUACGAAUGCUUCUAUUAACCUAUGUAGCACAGGGAAUACCCUUUCACUCAACAAGACAUCGCAAAAUUUAGCCUCAGUACAACCCCAACCGCAAGCUCUUCAUCUUUCACUUGGACAGCCACCUGCCGCAUCAAAAGAGCGUAACUUGGCUGAGCACGACCCAGCUGCAUUUGUCCGUCUUCUUACAGAACGGCUUCAGCGUCUAACUUGCUCUGAUCCAAACGUUAUUCCUUCAUUUUCACCAAAUAAGGUACCGUGGCCCUUUGCAACUUCUUUAUUUUUGUCAUGA